AUGCUAGUCGUCCGGUCGCUGACGAAGUCCUUCGACGAAAAGCCCGUGCUCACAGGCCUCGACCUCACGGUGCAACCCGGCGAGAUACUUUUCCUCACGGGUCCGAGUGGCGCCGGCAAAUCGACCGCCCUGCGUGCCAUCGCCAACCUCGAUUCGUACGAUGCCGGUCACGUUUCCGUGGACGGUCACACCCCGUCCUCGACGGGCUUUUCCGAGUGGAGGCGCGACGUCAUGUACGUCCCGCAGACCAGAAUCUCCUACCCCUGCACCCCACGCCACCUGUUUGAGAGGGCCCUAAACUUUAAAUCCAGAGCCCUCAUGCAUUUCAAUCUUAAGGAAAGCCUCGAGCGAUAUGUAGAGAUAUGCUGCCAAUUAGGCCUUGAUCGCCCCAAUAUCGAACAGCAAAAGUGGACCGAGCUCUCUGGGGGUGAGUUCGACAUUCCCUUUCUCUCAUCACUUCGUCUUUGUCCUAGUAUUUAA